AUGCUGUUCGAUUUAUUGGUACCGGUAAUGAAUGAGGAACGAAUCCGAAUGGAAAUGCAGGAUUCAUUAGGAAAAGAAUCAGAUAAACAGACAGCAUCGCCUAAUAUACUAAUCCAAGAAAUGAAUGCUCAACAAAAACUACAGCACCCUGUAUCACCAAAAAAGGAAUGGUUGAAAAAACAUAUGAUGAGUCAUACCGGUAAAAAGAUGUGUGAUUAUGCGGAAUGCAGCAAAACUUGCUCCCAAUCAUCCGAUUUGCAAAAUCGUCUGAUAAACCCUACCGGUGGAAAGCCGCAAACUCAUUUGUUGACGACAAAUAUCGGUAAAGAAGAGACACAGUCACCGAAUUUACUAAUCCAGGUAUCGAAUGCUGAACAAGAAUUACGACAUCCUCCAUUUUCAAAGAAGGAAUGGUUGAAGAGACAUAAGAAAACACAUGCCGGUAAAAAGCCGUACGAUUGUUCUGAAUGCCAAAAAAGUUUCGCUCAUCCAUCGGAUUUGAAAAAACAUAUGAAUACUCAUACCAAAGAAAAACCGCAUAGUUGUCCGAAUUGCAAAAAAAAUUUCUCUCAAUCAUCGAAUUUAAAAAUACAUAUGAGGAUUCAUACCGGUGAAAAGCCGUACAAUUGCACAGAAUGUGGAAAACGCUUCUCUGAUCCAUCGGCUUUUAAAGAACAUGUGAGGAUUCAUACCGGUGAAAAGCCGUACAAUUGUUUAGAAUGUGGAAAACGUUUCCCUGAUUCAUCGUCUUUUAAAAAACAUAUGAGGAUUCAUACUGGUGAAAAACCAUACAAUUGUUCAGAAUGUGGAAAGUGUUUCUCUGAUUCAUCGACUUUUAAAAAACAUAUGAGGAUUCAUUCUGGUGAAAAACCAUACAAUUGUUCAGAAUGUGGAAAGUGUUUCUCUGAUCCAUCGACCUUAAGAGAACAUAUGAGGAUUCAUACCGGUGAAAAGCCAUAUAAUUGUUCAGAAUGUGGAAGACGUUUCUCUCAUUUUUCGACUUUCUGGAAACAUAUGAGGAUUCAUACCGGUGAAAAACCGUACUGUUGUUCAGAAUGUGGAAAACGUUUCUCUGAUUCAUCGGCUUUUAAAAUACAUGUGAGGAUUCAUACCGGUGAAAAACCGUACAAUUGUUCAGAAUGUGGAAAACGUUUCACUGAUUCAUCGGCUUUAAAAAAACACAUGGGAAUUCAUUCCGGUGAAAAGCCGUACAGUUGUUCCUUAUGCGAGAAAAGAUUUUCUCGAAGAGAUUAUUUGAAUAGGCAUAUGAAAUCUCAUCGCAAAGGAAUAAUUCUAGCCUUAACAGCAUCACAAGCAUCUCCUAAAGCUUUCAGUAGCUCAUGGCUUGAUAAAUUUCAUUAUAUUCAUUACUAUUCAUCAAAUUUAUCUGCACCAACGUUUAAUAGAACAGAAUCACUAGAAAAAUUAGUUGAAAUGAAUUUAACAGAACUAAAUUUUAAUACUUCAAAUUUUAUCGACGAUUUCAUUGGUAUUGAUUCGAUUCAGCGACAAUUGGAAUGUUGUGGAGUUGAAGGAUCACAUGAAUGGUUAAGUCUGUAUUCUGGGACAUUUGCGCAUCAUAAGAUGACAAGGUAUGACCUUUGGUGGUCAGAUAAUUGGAUACCAAAGCGAUUUACACCAUCUUGUUGUUCAGAGACUAAUCUUUUAUGCUCUAUUCAUCUAGAACAAAGUUUGCUCUAUUCUUUAUAA